UCUAAACGUCGUCUGUCGCGUCGUCAGCAUGAACGUUUUCGGCCUUGCAACUGUCAAUGCUUGGAGGUUAUUAGCUAGCACAUUGAUCACAUUAAAACCGCGGAUAAUUAGUAUAAAAAAUAUUCUCUAAUGAAAGAUAAUAUUGUGGGAACCCUAAGGAGAUUUUACGGACUAAAAUUUCCUGGAGCAAACUUGGAGCAACGGCUAAAUGGGAUAAGAAAUAGUUUAGUUGUAUCGAGAUGUAAAAGUCACAUUGCGAUGCUUGAUGAAGAGAAAUACACCGAGGUGGAGACACUCUCUCAAGAAACAACAAACUUCUCUUGGCUUCAAAAGGUGGCUCCAGGAUUUCCAGCAGAUGGUUCUAAGAUUACAAUCAUCCAUAAGCCAAGUGAAUUUUACUCCCUUCUGGUCAAGAAAUGCAGAACAGCACAAUUUAGGAUUACCUUGGCAUCCUUGUACUUGGGGACAGGGAAACUUGAAGCUGACCUGGUAGAAGCCAUUAGAAGUAACUUACAAAACACCAGCGAUGGAAAUUUGAAAGUUAAGAUCCUCCUGGACUACAUGCGAGGAUCUCGAGGACAAAAUAAUUCCCGUACCAUGCUUAAACCACUUUUGGAUAGACAAUGGGCAGAAUUCUGUAGCAUAUCCCUUUACCACACACCAAAACUUCGUGGUUUUUUGAAGGCAAUUAUACCUCAGCGUUUCAACGAGUUGGUCGGACUUCAGCACAUGAAACUUUACAUAUUUGAUGAUACCUUAGUCAUAAGCGGUGCUAAUCUAAGCCAUGGUUACUUCACCAAUCGUCAGGAUCGCUAUGUGGUCAUAGAAGACUGUAAAGACCUCUGCGAUUUUUACUCGAAAAUUGUAGAUAGAGUUUGCGAGUUCAGUUUUCGCCUUUUGCCUGACGGCAGUGAAACUUUCGACUCAGAUAUCAGCAAACAUCCAUUCAAAGGCAAAAGAAAAGAGUUCACUAAUGCUGUGGCAGCGAGAAUAAAGUCCUUGUUUGAAAACGAGAUGAGAAAAAGAUCAGAGAUAACUAAACACGAUUCCGUCUCUGAAGCCGACACCUGGAUAUUUCCUCUCAUUGAAAUGGGGCAACUGAAUAUCAAACACGAUAGCAUGGUCACACUUAAACUCAUACAGAGUGCGCCGGCAGGCGCUACCCUCAGACUGGCCACAGGAUAUUUUAAUUUAAUCCCAGCUUACAAAAAAGCGUUAAUAAAUAAUAGCAGAGCAAAUUUCCAACUUCUCACUGCACAUCCCACGGCCAAUGGCUUCUUCGGUGCGAAGGGAGUGGCAGGCAGUAUACCCGCGGCUUACACCAAAAUAGAAAAAUCCUUUUGUAAAGCCUGCGAGGCUGUUGGUCAGGAGAAGAGAGUAACGUUAUGGGAAUUUGCGCGUACAGGCUGGACCUACCACGCAAAGGGACUCUGGUAUACACUACCUGGACACCAAAAGCCGUGUCUUACACUCAUCGGUUCUCCAAACUUUGGGUACCGAUCUGUGAGCAAAGAUUUAGAAACUCAGGUGGCAUUGGUGACGAAAAACGAAAGACUCCAAGAAGCGUUGCAGAAUGAACAAGCCAGGCUGUUCUCAAGUGCUUGUCCCGUAAACAGUCAAUCUUUUACUGGACGGGAUCGUGCUGUGCCAAUAUGGGUCUGCGCCGCAGUCGUUCUCUUCCGAUACUUUUUUUAAAUCAACGGAGAAAAAAUUGUCGUCAAAGUAUUAUGAAUCGCACAUAUGAUGAAAAAAUAAUUUAGGUACCUAUUAAACUGAAACGAUAAAAUCAAUAAAAAUGCUUUUUUUAUUUAGAAAGGAGACCACCGUGAAUAGAUUGUGAUCAUGGUGUUAAUUUAAUUAUUAUAUUUAUUGAAAGCGACGUUGGAUUUGAUAGGAAAUUAAUUUCCGAAUCAAAGCACAAGUUUUAUUUUCACUAGCAUAUGCGGCGCGCGUCCUAGAGAACAAUUCCUUGUCAACAUAAUUACUUAAAAAAAGUACUGUAUAUACUCAUAACAUACUCUAUGUACCCACACAAUUUCUAUUCAACUUGUAACUGAUUGUAAGCUGUCAUGAAAAAACUAACCGGCUGACCUAUAUAUUAGAACCCCAUUUCGUAGUAAGAGGCGCAGUAGACGAACAAUUCGUGGUGGCUGCUGCUGCUCUUUCACAAAAAAUCGAGAUUUGAAGGCUUACCGUCUAUUUCCAAAAUCAAUUGCAUUUCUUCUAAUGCAUUUGACCUGAGGAAUACGGAUAUAUCGAGUAUAUUAUGCUGGGAAUAAUUACGUUCGAAACACUUUACUGUUGGUUCUUGCAACGCGCGGGGUUGUCUGUGACUUUAUCAUUCAAUAAAGCUCCCAUUGACAAUUA